AUGGCUCCUCUUCCCAACAGCCCUGCUGAGUGCAUCUGCCCCGUCGGUAAAACCUACAGCGAAAAGGACAAGAAAUGCUACGCCACGUGCCACAAGGAUUGUGGAGCUGCUGAGUGCGUUGUGAAGAAGGGCAAGCAGCAGUGCCAGUGCCCCGAGGGCCUCGUGUUCAACCCGGCUAAGAAGACCUGCCGCGCUGCUGCUCGUCGUUCACCAUACCAUGCAGGGGCCGGUGGACAAGUGAAGAAUGGGCGCCCCCCCCUAGUGACUUUUGAGUCGAUUCACAGUCACCUCAUUUGCCCCCUCCCAUUCCCAUUCACCUCAUUUGCCCCCUCCCAUUCCCAUUCACCUCAUUUGCCCCCUCCCAUUCCCAUUCACCUCAUUUGCCCGCUCCCAUUCCCAUUCACCUCAUUUGCCCCCUCCCAUUCCCAUUCACCUCAUUUGCCCCCUCCCAUUCCCAUUCACCUCAUUUGCCCCCUCCCAUUCCCAUUCACCUCAUUUGCCCCCUCCCAUUCCCAUUCACCUCAUUUGCCCCCUCCCAUUCCCAUUCACCUCAUUUGCCCCCUCCCAUUCCCAUUCACCUCAUUUGCCCCCUCCCAUUCCCAUUCACCUCAUUUGCCCCCUCCCAUUCCCAUUCACCUCAUUUGCCCCCUCCCAUUCCCAUUCACCUCAUUUGCCCCCUCCCAUUCCCAUUCACCUCAUUUGCCCCCUCCCAUUCCCAUUCACCUCAUUUGCCCCCUCCCAUUCCCAUUCACCUCAUUUGCCCCCUCCCAUUCCCAUUCACCUCAUUUGCCCCCUCCCAUUCCCAUUCACCUCAUUUGCCCCCUCCCAUUCCCAUUCACCUCAUUUGCCCCCUCCCAUUCCCAUUCACCUCAUUUGCCCCCUCCCAUUCCCAUUCACCUCAUUUGCCCCGUCCCAUUCCCAUUCACCUCAUUUGCCCCCUCCCAUUCCCAUUCACCUCAUUUGCCCCCUCCCAUUCCCAUUCACCUCAUUUGCCCCCUCCCAUUCCCAUUCACCUCAUUUGCCCCCUCCCAUUCCCAUUCACCUCAUUUGCCCCCUCCCAUUCCCAUUCACCUCAUUUGCCCUCUCCCAUUCCCAUUCACCUCAUUUGCCCCCUCCCAUUCCAAAUAUGAACUGAUUAUGUUCACCAUGCAGGGGCAGGUGGACAAGUGA